CUGUCCCUUUUGCAUUACGCGUUGAACCUUCAAGUUUUCCCUCUCUCUCUCUCUACUUCUCUCUCUCUCAAUUGUAGUAUAUGUUUUCAUUUCUUGAAUCUUUUUGUAAUUGUUUUUAAAGAAACACUCCCAAGUUUUUUGUCUUUGUCGAUCAUUUCUUCAACCCUCGUGGCGUAUGAUUCUCUGAUCCACACCCACAGCUCACAAGCAACACAGAGAGAGAAAAAUUACUUAAGAGAGAGAGGGAGAGACCCUUUAUCAUAAACAGGGGGUUUCUCUCAAGAAAAGAAUCAGAGAGAAAAACCCACCCACCAAAAACCAGAAGGACUCUCUCUUUAUUAUAACACCGACAUUUUCCUUCACCGAAUGCAAUUAUACUUUUUUGUUCUCAUUGGCGUCUGUUAAUGUAUCAUUUUCAGUUCAUUGUUUAAUGGGAGGGGGUUGUGUUUAAGAAGAAGAAUAAGGCAGAGGGACACUCGCAUUUCUUUCUUCCUAUGGAGUGAAUCAUAGUCUGUUUUCUUGCUCUCUGUUUCUAUUGAUUUGAAGUCGUUUCACAGUGUAUGAGUCGUGAGAUUUGAGGGUGCUGUUUCUCGGAUGGAUACGAAAGGGAGGCUUGUGGCUGGUUCACAUAACAGGAAUGAGUUUGUACUCAUCAAUGCUGAUGAGAUUGGAAGAGUGACUUCUGUGAAAGAGUUGAGUGGACAGAUUUGUCAGAUUUGUGGAGAUGAGAUUGAAUUCACUGUUGACGGGGAGCCCUUUGUUGCCUGCAAUGAAUGCGCGUUCCCUGUUUGUAGACCGUGCUAUGAAUAUGAGAGAAGGGAAGGCAAUCAAGCUUGUCCUCAGUGCAAAACCAGAUACAAGCGAAUAAAGGGGAGUCCCAGAGUCGAUGGAGAUGAAGAUGAGGAUGAAUUUGAUGAUUUGGAGAAUGAAUUCGAUUAUAAUGCUCAGCACAUUGCUGAAGCAUCUCUCUCUUCUCGCCUUAACAUUGGCCGAAGUGCUUCUGGAAUUUCUACUCCGUCCGAAUUGGAUCCCUCAGGUGUUAUCUCAGAAAUUCCUCUCCUUACAUAUGGUCAAGAGGAUGAUACAAUCUCAGCCGACAAACAUGCUCUAAUUAUCCCCCCUUUUAUGGGCCGGGGGAAGCGAGUCCAUCCGGUGCCAUUUACCGAUUCAUCCAUGACUUUGCCGCCACGACCGAUGGAUCCGAAGAAAGACUUAGCUGUAUAUGGCUAUGGAACUGUUGCCUGGAAGGAAAGAAUGGAGGAAUGGAAGAGAAAGCAAAAUGAUAAACUUCAAGUGGUUAAGCAUCAAGGAGAUAAAGGUGGUGGGGAUGAGCUGGAUGACCCUGAUUUACCCAAGAUGGAUGAAGGCAGACAGCCGCUUUCCAGGAAGCUACCCAUUCCUUCCAGCAAGAUAAACCCUUAUAGAAUGAUCAUUUUACUGCGAAUGGCAAUUCUUGGAUUGUUCUUUCACUAUAGAAUUCGUCACCCUGUCAAUGAUGCGUAUGGAUUGUGGCUAACAUCAAUCAUAUGUGAGAUUUGGUUUGCUGUUUCAUGGAUAUUUGAUCAGUUUCCAAAGUGGUUCCCUAUUGAGCGAGAAACAUACCUAGACAGACUGUCACUAAGGUAUGAGAGAGAAGGAAAGCCCUCUGAGCUAGCUUCUAUGGACGUAUUUGUGAGUACAGUGGAUCCCAUGAAAGAACCUCCACUUAUUACUGCCAACACAGUUCUUUCUAUACUUGCUGUGGAUUACCCCGUUGACAAGGUUUCAUGCUAUGUGUCUGAUGAUGGUGCUGCCAUGCUUACUUUUGAAGCUCUUUCUGAGACAUCUGAAUUCGCCAGGAAAUGGGUCCCGUUCUGCAAGAAAUAUUGCAUAGAGCCUCGGGCUCCUGAAUGGUACUUCGCACAAAAGGUUGACUAUUUGAGAGACAAGGUAGAACCAACUUUUGUGAGGGAACGUCGUGCAAUGAAGAGAGAAUAUGAAGAGUUUAAAAUUCGAAUUAAUGCUCUGGUUGCCAUGGCGGCAAAGGUUCCUGAGGAGGGUUGGACCAUGCAAGAUGGAACUCCGUGGCCAGGAAAUAAUGUCAGGGAUCAUCCUGGAAUGAUCCAGGUAUUCCUGGGUCAAAAUGGUGUUCGCGAUAUUGAAGGGAAUGAGUUGCCUCGUCUUGUAUAUGUUUCUCGUGAGAAGAGGCCUGGAUUUGAUCAUCACAAGAAAGCUGGUGCAAUGAAUGCUUUGAUACGGGUCUCAGCUGUUAUCUCAAAUGCUCCAUACCUACUUAAUGUUGAUUGUGAUCACUAUAUAAAUAACAGCAAGGCCUUCAGAGAAGCUAUGUGUUUCAUGAUGGAUCCUCAAUCUGGAAAGAAAAUAUGCUAUGUGCAAUUUCCUCAAAGAUUUGAUGGAAUUGAUCGGCAUGAUAGAUAUUCAAACCGCAAUGUUGUCUUUUUUGAUAUAAAUAUGAAAGGGCUUGAUGGGAUCCAAGGUCCAAUUUAUGUCGGGACUGGAUGUGUCUUCAGGAGGCAAGCACUUUAUGGAUAUGAUGCCCCCAAGAAGGCAAAACCCCCUGGCAAAACAUGCAAUUGUUGGCCAAAAUGGUGUUGCUGCUGCUUUGGCUCUAGAAAGAAGAACAAGAAAGGGAAAUCGAAGGAAAACAAGAAAAAGACCAAGAGCAGGGAAGUUUCAACACAGAUUCAUGCUCUUGAAAACAUUGAGGAAGGAAUAGAAGGAAUUGAUAGCGAAAAAACAUCCCUCAUGCCCCAGAUAAAGUUUGAGAAGAAAUUUGGACAGUCGCCCGUUUUCAUUGCUUCAACACUUCUAGAACAAGGUGGUGUACCCCCAGGAGCAACAUCAGCAUCACUCUUGAAAGAAGCCAUUCAUGUCAUUAGUUGUGGUUAUGAAGAUAAAACAGAAUGGGGAAAAGAGAUCGGAUGGAUUUAUGGUUCUGUUACUGAAGAUAUCUUAACGGGGUUUAAGAUGCAUUGCCAUGGCUGGCGAUCAGUGUACUGCAUACCCAAAAGACCUGCAUUCAAGGGGUCGGCCCCAAUCAAUCUUUCAGAUCGUUUGCAUCAAGUUCUUCGAUGGGCCUUGGGAUCAGUUGAAAUUUUCUUGAGUAGACAUUGUCCUAUUUGGUAUGGAUAUGGGUGUGGCCUGAAACCGCUGGAGAGAUUUUCAUACAUAAACUCAGUUGUCUAUCCCUUGACUUCACUUCCUCUGAUUGCUUAUUGCACUUUACCAGCAGUCUGCCUGCUUACUGGAAAAUUCAUUGUCCCAGAGAUCAGCAAUUAUGCCAGUAUAGUUUUCAUGGGCCUCUUUAUAUCGAUUGCUGCAACUAGUAUCCUGGAGAUGCAGUGGGGAGGUGUCGGAAUCGAUGACUGGUGGAGAAACGAGCAGUUUUGGGUGAUUGGUGGUGUCUCAUCUCACCUUUUUGCUCUAUUUCAAGGUCUUCUUAAGGUUUUGGCUGGUGUAAACACAAACUUCACAGUUACGUCAAAAGCAGCCGAUGAUGGAGAGUUUUCAGAGCUUUACCUCUUUAAGUGGACAUCUUUGUUAAUCCCACCCAUGACUCUGUUGAUCAUCAACAUUAUUGGAGUGGCCGUUGGGGUUUCAGACGCCAUAAAUAACGGGUACGAAUCAUGGGGCCCUCUUUUUGGCAAGCUAUUCUUCGCGCUUUGGGUCAUUGUUCAUUUAUACCCCUUCCUCAAAGGUUUCAUGGGGAAACAAGACAGACUUCCCACCAUCAUCGUGGUAUGGUCCAUUCUUCUGGCUUCUAUAUUCUCUUUGUUGUGGGUUCGUAUCAACCCAUUUGUGUCAAGGGACGGGCUCGUGUUAGAAGUUUGUGGGUUGGAUUGUGAUUAGAUACAAAGGAUAAAGUUUUAGGUGGUUUUGAGUUUUAUAUAUGUAGAAAAAAGUUGUUUGGAACUGCAAAAUAGAGAUUAAUCUCAGGGCGAACCCUGGAAGCAUUUUGGUCACCAAUGAGUGCAUAAACAACAUAAAGGAGUUUGGAAGAAGCUCUGGGGUUAUUUGUGUGUAGAUAAAAAGGUGCUAGUGCACACAAUUAAAUUGUUAUGCAAAGUUUUAUUUUUUUCUUUCUCCUUUUAGUUUAUUCUUUGGAUAAGUUGUGUUCUGUAAUCCCAAAAGAACAAGAAGUUACUCUUUUCAUAAAUUAUAUUCCCUUCUCAAUAAGGGCUUGAUAGA